GUUCUUUAUUCUCAUGAAAAGGUGAAAAUGGAAGGAACGAUUUCUCAACAAACCAAACUCAUCGAUUUUCUGCAAGCCAAAAUGGACCAACCUGCUAAAAAGAAAAAGGGUUUAUUUAGUCGACGGAAAGAGGACCCUGCUUUGCCCACACAGGUUCCUCUGCAGUACAAUGAGCUGAAGCUGGCCCUGGAGAAGGAGAAAGCUCGCUGUGCAGAGCUAGAGGAAGCUCUUCAGAAGACUCGCAUCGAGCUCCGGUCCGCCCGCGAGGAAG